AUGGAGACAUCCGCUCGCGUCAUGAUCCUUUCUAUCUUCAGCCAUCUCUCCCUCGCAUACUGCUGGGCUCCGACCAUGUUGCGGUCAGCCCCGCAGGUCUCAUCCGUGGCGCGAAGGAUCGCAGCUGCCUGCCAUGAUCGGCCUCGUACCCGACUCGGUCCCCGCAUGUCGUCAGUGCCCUCCACAUGCGGGGAAGAUGCUCUCCUGAGUCGAACGCAAAAGUUCCAAGCCAUCUUUACAGAUGUGGAUGGGACUCUGCUCAACAAGCAGCACCAGCUGGACCCCGAGACUUGCGCGGCGAUCAACGAGGCUGUGAACUCAGGUGUCAAAGUUGUCAUGGCGACGGGGGUCUUCAUCCAGGGCCUCCUCGUGUGCGACAACGAAGGGAACGCCAUCCAGGAGAUCAAGCUGGGCCGGGAGACGGUGCAGGAGCUGGUGACCUACUCCAACACCCACCAGAUCACCAUCGUCGCGUACACAGACAAGGACAUGAUAGUGACGUCGGAGACGAACAAGGACACCGACGUCCUGCGCCCGUACAACGAGCCGCCGCCGACGAGCGUCGGAGAGGAGGGGAUGCGAAGGCUGGGGGCUGAGGGAGAGCUGUGUGUGUACAAGAUGAUGUUCAUCGGAGAGGAGGCGAUCCUCAAGCGACACAGGCCUGAGAUCGAGCAGAAGUUCGCCGGAGUUGCUGCCGUCACAAAGGCCAUGGACGGUAUGCUCGAGAUUCUUCCUCCCGGGGCCUCGAAGGCGUCGGGAGUGCGUCGUGCCAUGCAAGCGCUCGGCGUGUCUCCUGCCGCCUGCAUGGCCAUGGGCGACGGAGAGAACGACCUGGAGAUGCUGAAGCUUGUGAAGGAGGCAGGAGGCCUGGCAGUAGCGGUGGGGAAUGCUGUCCCCAAGCUCAAGGAGGUGGCGGACAGGACGGUGAACGAUCAUGACAAGUUGGGAGCAGCGGAAGCGAUUCGGCUCGUGUUGGAGAGCAACGCAAAGUUGUCUUGA